UACCCACACAUAUUCCAAAUCACUCUCUAUCCAUCUCAAUCACUCUCUAUCCAUCUCUCUGUGAUUCGAUCAACCAUGAACCGUUUCAGAAGAUUCGAGAUCAUCGACCCCUCACAAUCUCUCUUCCUCACACAAACCUCCAUUUCCACUCCCAAACCCUUCUCAUUCCCCCUCUCAUUCCCCUCAUUCCCACUCCAAGACGACCUCGAUUUCGCUCUUGAUCUCUUCUUCAACCCACCUGCCACACCUUCCCUCCUCGAUUUCCCUGAUUUCGACACACUCACCGAUCUCAUUCACAUUGACAAAACCCCAUUCUACACCUCCACUCGGAGGGUUGUUCAGCACCGAUUCGGUUCCCAGUCCUACUUGCAGAGCCUCUGCGACCGAGUCUCCGAGCUCGAACUCAGCUUCGACCGCCUGGUUAACUCGAAGGCUGUUCACGGCGGCUGUGGAGAUCGGAAGUAUACUUUGACGGCGGAGAUCAAGGAUCCGGACAGGAAAUACAAGUGGACGGCAGAGAUCAAGGGCGAGAAGAAGAAGAAGGACAAAAAGGAAGAGAAGGAGAAGAACUAUAAAUGGACGGCUGAGAUUAAGGACAAAGGUGAGGAUGCUCCUCCGAUCACGAGGACAUACACAUUCAGAACGUCGAGCGGGGAUGGAGGUGAAUGCAGCGAGUCGGAGAAGAAAGAGAAGAAGGAGAAGAAGGAGGAGAAGAAGAAGAAGGGGGUGGCUGCUGCCCCCAUUAGACUGGUUGAGAUUGAAGAGCCUCCCAAUCAUGGUGCUUUCCUUCUAAGGCAGGCUUUUGCAAAGAGGGCAGAGGCUGCGGAGAGGAGCAAGGGGAAGAGGAAGGAGUUGUCGCCGCAAGAUGCAGCCAUGAUGAUACAGAUGAGCUUCAAGGCUUACCUGAUACGGCGGUCUCAGUCUCUGCGUGCCCUCCGAGAGCUGGCAGUUGCCAAGGCCAAGUUGAAGGAAAUCAGGGCUCUGUUCAAUAACUUCAGUUACCGGCGUCGCAUUUCUCGUGAUGCCGAGGAGUGCCAGAGGUUCUCUGAGAAGAUCAUUGUCCUGCUUCUCACUGUUGAUGGCAUUGAGGGUGCUGAUCUUAUGGUGCGGGCUGGAAAAAGGUCGAUGGUUGAUGAGCUGGAAGCAAUGCUCGACGUAGUAGACCCUCAGCCUCCUGGCAGAUCUCUUUCCAUGCGAAGGAGGACAUUUGAUAUGCCCGAUGGUCUCAUCCAGAGGGAACUUGCAGCCGGUGUUGCUGAGGUCGUUCAAAUGCUUGAUCAAGAAAAUGGUACCUUUGACCCAUCCUUGUAAGUCCAUAGAAAUAUGGCAAAAUCACCUCAUUUUGAGGUUUCAUGAUGUUGUUAUCUCUCAAGUAGGUGUAGGAAGGUGCACUUCUAGUUAUCUUUACCCUCUCAUUCAACCCUAAUUGAGAAAUUUCUGACUCGUUAUCUAGUUGGUCGUGAAGAGUUUUAUUGUAUUGCAUUAACAGUUGAGCUUAUUAACCUAUUGAGAGGGUUGUUUGUGCUGCUUAAUUUUGUGUGAGGAUUAAAAAGCCUUGGUGUGUUAUUAUUAGUGACCACUUGGUAUCCUCAUCUAUAUUUGCUUACACGUGAGAGCUCAACUGGAAGUUGAUAUUGUUCCCUCCAAUUUCUGCAGUAAUGGUAGAGACCCUCACAAAAUACAACUCUCACAA